AUGGAGAAACUCACCCGUACAGCGUCAUUCGCACCCCAUGACGAAACACAGUACUCGCCCAUCUCACCGGAACCUCGGCAAACCCAACGCAGACGACUGCUAACAAGACGCAACCUCGCCCUGCUCCUCCUAGCACUAUCCCUCGCACUGUUCUGCGCCAUCUUCUUCCCCAUCUACUUCACCCGUAAACACUCUCGCCAUUCCAGCGAAAGUCUGACGUCUUCUUCAGGUUCCAACACAGUGACAACGGCUCAAAGCAGAACGACUCCUGGAGCAGUGUGGCAGCAGGCGGAGAAGUUCAGCGAUCUGAACGAUUUCCGGAUCGAGUACUAUUCUUCGGGUCAGAACAACUCCAAGGUGCUCCAGGGGUUGCCGAAUAGUGUUUGGAGUGGUAAGGCACCGGGAAGCAGCAAGAGAAGGAGGAGGAAUGGAGGUAAGGCAUAUGUGAUGCCGGGUGGCAGGGGCAUGAGGAGGCCGAGGAAGGCGGUGAAGCGGCAAGAUCCCUCUUCGACGAGUACGCAUCGCUCUACUCAUACAUCCUCGUCCACCUCAACUCGCAGUUCGACCUCGACCAGUCUCACAACCACCACGUCCUCAACCUCCGCCACUGUUCCCACUUCGACCCCCAAAGCUCCCGGAAGCGUCCUGUCGAUCUUCUACCCAGCCCACUCCUACACGCCCUCUGCCGACCCCGUCGGAGGGACCCAGUUCUACGCCGUUACCCCCUUUGACCUCACGCUCGCGGCCAGCGUGACUUUCAACUACAGCGUCUUCCUGCCCGCCUACUACGAGUUUGUCCUCGGCGGCAAGAUGCCCGGACUGUACGGCGGGACUGAGGGCUGUGGAGGCGGGAACGACGCGAGCGCCUGCUGGAGCACCAGGAUGGCCUGGAGGACUGACGGAUUGGGCGAGCUGUAUGCCUACCUGCCGCAGGACAAGCAAAACACGACGGCCAUGCUGCAGGUGCCGCCGUACAGCUAUGUCAAUGCCGACUACGGGAUCUCGCUAGGCAGAGGCGCAUUCAACUACUCCAGAGCUGGCUGGACCGACAUCUCGCAAACCAUCACGCUGCAGACCAACAACACCCACCCGAACGGCAUCGUCGAGAUUACCGUAAACGGCUCCACGGUCAUCUACUACGACCAGGUCUACUACCCGACUACCAUCAAGGGGAUUUUGUUCUCGACAUUCUUUGGUGGAUCGACGUCGGAUUGGGCAACGCCCGUGGAUCAGUAUUCGUACUUCAGAGACUUUGGUGUUCGGAUCAACGCGCUUCGAUCGACCAAGAAGAGGUCGACCAAGGCGUAG